UAUGUUUUAGAUUUGCUAAUGACAGAUCGAAAAGUGUGCAUAUUUUGCACCAACGAAACUGACGAUAGGCUUGGAGAACUUCUUUCGAAGGAAAACAUAAAUGUUCAUGCCCAUUGCCUCUAUGCAGCAACGGAUCUUGGUCAACAUGGAAGCUCCGACAAUGAUGGAAUUUUGGGGUUCUGGCUGGAAGAUAUCCGACAUGUUUUUGAAAAAUCGCGAAGUGAUGAUUGCGAGUACUGCUUCCGCCCUGGCGCUACUGUAUUCUGCUCCGAGUGUCAGGUCAAAUUCCACUACCCUUGUGGAAAAGAGAAUCUCUGCAUCACAGAGCUAUUUGGGGAAUUCCAAAGUUUCUGCCCAGACCACAGAUCUCAGCAGAAAUUACCAGUGUCCUUCUCUAGCGAGUGUCCCUUCUGCGAUGAAAUGUGUGAUCCCAUGGACUCUUUUUUCCUAGCAUGCUGCAACAAAUCAUGGGUGCAUACGAAGUGCGCACAGCUGCAGGCCGAUAAGACUGGGAUCGACUCCUCGACAUGUCCUAACUGUAGAAACAAAGAAGACUACAUAGCCUCGUGUCAGAAGUUUGGAGGUGUGCUUCUUAGAAUAAAUUUGGAUAAAGAAGAAGACAUGUUGAAAAUUACGCCUAACGAGUGCAGCAGACAGAAAUGUUGUUGUCCUUAUGGAACUCAUUUUAGUGAUGACCAUAGAUUCCGAUUUUUCCUGUGCACCUUUUGUAACAUGUACAAGAUCCAUCAAAGUUGUCGAGAAGCGAAGGAUUUUCCAGACUUCAAGUGCAUACUGUGUCAGAAAGGUAAAACGGGGCAGGCCAGAUUCAGCGUGAAAAAGAGUGGCGGACAAGCAAGCGUCAGGAUGGAGCCAGAAGCUAUUAUAGAUGGACCCAGUGUUAAAGAAGAAAGCGAUGUAAAGAAUGAAAGAGACGAAGAUGAAUCAAGCGAGAAAUUCAGAAAGCGUUCACCCAGAAAACAAAGAUCAACAAGGUCUAGAGAGGAAGUGGGAUUCGAUGCAGAGUUCAGUGAUAUAUCAUCUGGUGAUGACGAAACAGCCUUUGAAAAAGAGGAGCGAGAGAGCACUAGAGCGAGAAGACGUCGAGAAAAGGCAGAAGACGAGGAUGGCGAUGAUAGAGUAAUGGUGGAAGGCAAACAUGAGAUAUCAAAACCAGCUGUAAAUGCCUUUCAUCCAGCUAUUAGAGAUCUGACAAAACCUCCCCGGGGUACGAAGUUUACGACAAAGAGAAACCUGGCACAGGGCAAGUUCGUUCCCAGACCGGCUCAAGAUGGAAUGCAGCAAAAAAGAGAGCCAAUGAAUUUGGUCAAACUGGAUCCUCAAACUAUUCUUAGCCUUGCUUCGUCGGGUAAUCCAGCUAACAUCGAGAAAGCUGACCAGCUUUUACAGCAGUUGACUAGCCGUUUUGGGGGAUCCAGUUAUUCGUUAAAUAAAACUACAGUUAUGUUGACCCCUGGAGUAGGCGAGAGUCACGUUAGCAACAAUGAUUUUGGCGGAGGACAUAAUCAGCAGCAUCAUCAACAGCAGCAUGGCUUUCACCAAAAUUACGACGAUAAGCAUAAUCGAAGCAGAGAAAGGUUCCAACCACGUAAAGCGAACUGGGGAAAGUUUGACAACCGAAGAGAUUACAGGGAUAACAACAGAAAUCCUGGAAAUGAUCGUUAUCACAGACAUCAGCAGCAACUACGAGGAAGAAACGAUAGCAAUGACCGAAGUCACCACAGGUCUCGAGAUUUUGAUAGGAAAGGCGGCGACUUUUCUAGAGGUAAAGGUCAUAGGUACGACUCAAGCCGAAGUAGACGUUACGAGCAGUAUAACAAUGCUGGCCCUGAAAACUCACCGUCAAAAGAAAAACCAAAUUUGACUCAUGUCCCAAAAUCGUUAGUUGAAAACGUAUACAGAGAUAUAGAGAAUGAGAAAACAGCCAGAGUCGUAGCAGAAGAGAAGGCUAGAAAUGAUGCAUUAGACGCGAAAAAGCGAAUCGAAGAAGAACUGAGGAAGAUCCAAGAAGAAGAGGACGCAAAGAGAAAAGAAAAAGAGCAAAAGAAAGCGGCGACGACAUCUUCAUCGGGAGGCUGGAAACCGCUCGGGGAUAGAGCCAACGGGGGAGGAACCAAAGAUGACGAACCAGAGGAGGGAGAAGCGGAGGCCUCAAGCGACGAUGAGUCGUCAUCCAGUUCGUCUAGUUCCGAUUCCGAGUCGUCGUCGGAUACCGAGAAGAAGAGCCAAGGCGGUGAAGAGAAUCUUGACGAGAACGACAAGCGGCCUGACAUUUCGAAGCUGUUGGAGUUUGAACCGGAAGUUGAGCUGACUGAAGAGGAGCAUUUGUUUAAUUUGCAGAAGUUUAGCGAAUUGGGAAAUGAGUACAAGAAGCGAUUCCGUGCCUUGGAAGACGGAAUAAGGAAAUUGCAUACAGAUGUUGUAUUUUACGCGGAAAGAUGUGACCAAGACAUGAUCCAAGGAGUUCAAUCUCAGUGCAAUUUGUAUCUCCUCGAAAUCAAUAGACUCUUCCAGCUAUGCAAACAAAUGAAAAAUUUUGCCACAGCCGAAGGAACCAAAAACCAAGUGAACACAUUUGUAGUACGCGUCGGGGACGCUGAGAACGAAUUGAAAACGAAUCGAGGAAUCGUGGACGAGUUUGCACAAUUGAUAGAGAAGAUAACGAUUCUAGAAGAGCUACUUGUUGAGCAAAUUAAGGAAGAGGCUCUGAUCGUAGAACCCAUUAUGCAAGCAAAUGACCUGAGAACUCAGCCGCGGACGUUGCUCGAAAAGGUUCGCACCGAAGUUGAAACUGCGUUAGCAGAGUCCAGUGAAAAUCCAAAGUCUUUGCAUCGGAAUUACGAACAGUUUGUGAACAAAUUGAACAGUAUGUUGCGAAAUGCUGACGUGAAGUCUGAUAAAGUGGCAUCAUUAGAGUCAUCUGUUAUGGAACACCAAGAGAAUCUCGGAAAACAUCUGAAAGAACUCAGAUCUGAACUGAAUGACCGAAACAAUUUGAGAAAUUUUAUAGACGAAAUUGCAAAGCUGUUGACGGCGAACAAAACUACAGCCGAACACAUUGAGCAGACUAAAAGUCACCCAGAUAGAGCUAUGUCCUGUAUCCAAGGACUAAGGAAGGAGUACAAACGUCUGCAAAAAGGCAUCGAUAAAUACCGAGUGAAGUAUUCAAGUUUAAGCUUGGAAUUACCUGAUGGAGCUGAAGAUUUGUUGAACAAUUUGAAGGAAACGAAAGCCAAACUUGAAAUCGAGCUUGAAGCGUUGAUUACAAAAUGCGAAGGAUGGAAGAAAGAAGCAGUUCCUUUGCUAGAUAGGAGAAUGAUGCUGAACAAUAACGAGCAAAAACAAGAGGAACUCAUGGAGAAGAAAAAGGGCUUCGGUUUCCACUUGAAAUUAUCAGACCAGACUCAAAAAGUGAUCAAAGACGGGAACCAGUUGCUGAAAGCUCAGAUUUUGAACAAUGAGAAAGAAGGUUCUGAUUCGUCCGACAACGAAGAAAACUCAGACAAUAAAAGCGAAGAAGAUGAUUUGAGUACAAAGAUCCCAGAAUACAUGAAGCCCUUGCCUAAAUUGGAACAGACGCCUCAGCCGAUAAUGCCUCCUCCCAUUAAUUCAGUCGCUACAAGCGUCCCGAAUGGAAUGCCGAUGCCUCCAGUUCCUCCGCAAAUGCCGAUGCCACCUAAUUUUCCUUUCAUGGGAAUGCAAGGCUCGCCCAUGUUUCCACCGAACAUGCAAAUGCCUCCCUAUAUGCCUCAGCCUCCGCAAUUUCCAGGGUUCCCGGGACAACACCAAGGCAUGCCCAUGCAAUAUGCGCAGAUGCAGAAUCCCUACAUGCAAAUGCAGCAGCCUGCUUUUUCAGCUCCGCCGAACUUGAUCCAAGCGCAGCCAAUGCAUUAUGGGCAGCAAAUGACUAUGCCAAACACGGUUCAAGCAGCUGUGACUGGUCAGCCCACAGUAUCCCAAGGAAAUAUAGAAGGGGUUAAUGUGUCAAUGGCAAAUAUGCCAGAUAUGAGUUUAAUAGAAGCGGCAGCUAAAGCUCUGGAAAAUGUCGCACCAGAUACAAAUGAUGAUACGCAGAAGCCAGAGAAGAGAUCGAAGUCAGAAAAGAAAACCAAGAAGAAAAAGAAAGUUGAAAGUUCGGACAGUGAAAUCGAAACCGUGAAUACGUUUCCAAAAGCAGAAGAUUUAGUCAUGCCCAAGUUGACCAAGAAAGGAAAAGAGAUUGUUAACGAAUCAGUUGAAAGUUCGAGAAACAACUCAGACACUGAAGCCCUUGAAAGCGGAGAAAAAGCAUUUUCGAAGAAGGCAUUGAAAGAUAAACGUCGAAAGGACAGAAAGAACGCGGUGAUAAGCGAAGUUGCUCCGCCACAACCCUCUGAAACCACUGAAGAGGAAUCUAAAAAGCUUAGUGCCUUCAGCUAUGCUGCUGCAAUCGUUGGGCUAGAGAGUUCAGUUCUGGAUAGCGAAGAUACUUAUGAUCCAACGGCUCCAACCAUCGAGAACUAUAGCCAUGCUGUAGAUACCAAUUCGUAUGAAGUUGUGUACAGACCUGAGAAAGGAGAUUUUGUCCUUGUUCAGAAGAACUCGGAAGCGGCUGCAAGUGCGCAUGCAGAACAGAAACAAGUCACCGAAUCAAUAGAAGCUGCACAGAAAGCGGAAGAAGAAGAAACGGAAGAGCAGGCUAAGAUACGAGAGCAGAAAGCGCAGGAAAAAAGGGAACGACGCAAAGCUGCCCGGGAGGCGGCCAAGCGUGAACGAGAAAUAGAACGUGAAGAGGAAGCCAAGUCAGGCGUCAAGAAGUCCUCGCGACGCUUGGGAACCCUCACUGGUAUGUUAUCUUUGUUAUCAGAAGCUGAGAAACAAGAGCAAGAAACGAAAGUUCAAAAAGAACGGGAAUCGAAAGAAGCAGAGAAAGUGGAACCGAUUACCUGCAUUCACAUUACCCAAAAUGAUGGUAUAGCUAAAAGAGAAAGUCCACAAGAGGUCAAUUCCACAACGAUGUCGCCUCCUGUAAAGCAAACUAAUGAAACUGUGGCUGCAUUGAGUUCGGUUUCGCCUGCUAGCUCAGAUAAAGUGACCAGUUCUCAACCGGGAUUUGCACCGACGAUGCAGUUAGUCGAAGCAGGAAAGACAGAGUCGAGCGCCGAAGAGGGAGAGCUGGAGGAGGAUGGCGAAGUGAACAGUGACGAAGAAAAGGACCAGAAUCAACCGAGAGUUGUAUUCGAUGAGCCACAAAAAGCGAGACCAGUUCAGGACGAGAAGAUUGACAGCAAUGUUUGCGUUCCUGUAUGCUUUUCUCAAGAAGAACCAACUUCUACCAUUUCAGAUGAGGCACUCGCAAAGUCCAAUUUGAGUGUCAGUACAAAAAGUGUAGUCACCGUCCAACAAGCAGUAAUUCCAGCCGGUGAGACUAAAAAUCAAGGUCACACUAUCAGCUUUGAUGACGACGAAGAUGAUAACGAAGAAAAUUCGGCGACUUCGGACGAAGGACAACCUAGCCUGGUUCCAUCGAAAAGUCUGAAAGCUAAGAAAGUGGCAAGUUUGGUACCACCGCCUCCACCAGUCCAAAGGAAGCGGAAAAAGAAAGACCAGAAAGAGACGUCAGCUGAGAGUCCAGAAAGUAGUGACAGUGACAGCGAUAAUGAAGAUGACUCUUCAAGUUCAUCAGAUGAAGCGCCUCAACUGACCAAGAAAGAGAUGAAGAAAAUGAUGAAGUUCUAUGCCAUGUUUCAAAAGUCGAAGAGCAAAAAGAAAAGCAAGAAAAAGAGAAAGGCCGAAUCAUCAAGCGAAGAGGGAAGUUCAGAAGAAGAGACACCGAAGAAACGAAAGCGUCGCUUGUCCAAAGCAAAAGCAGUCGAAGAAUCUGAUUCAGAUAGUUCUUCAGAGGAUGCGAGUCCAUCUAAGAAAAAAGCAAAAUUGAAAAAUAGAAAAACGGCAAAAGUUUCACCUCCAAAAAAGCAAUCAUCGCCCUUUAAAAUUUCUCCUAAGUCCAAGACUCCUCCCAGUCAGACAUCUGCCAACAAAGCUCAGGGAUGGAAGCCUCAAGUAGAGCAAAAUGACGAUUCAGAUGAAAUAAACAUGUCCUCGUUUUUCACCCAGGAGUGCUCUAGUACAGGUGAGUACCAAUCAAUCAGCGGUUCCAAGAGUCAAACAGGUAUGAGUUUGAGUCCAGUUGCUUUGAGUGUUGAUGCAAUUCUAGCAAAGUUUUUACCAGAAUACAAAUCAAUCGACUCGGAUCCUCCUCUGGCUGCUUUGAGUCGCCACUUCUCUCAUUUCUGGGAGUACUUUAACAUCGUGUCAGACAAAGAUGCGGCACUGGCUCGUCAGAUGGCCAUUGGGUUGCUAGAAGGAGCCAAUGGGUUUUCAAAGGCAGAGACGAAACCAGUUUCGAUGCAAACUCAAAUGCUGUUGACGAUGUUGAAGAAUAUGAAAACGUGGUGAAGGCUUUUUAACCAAAAUUCUAUCAAAGUUGAGAAUGACAACCUACUAGCUGUACCUUCUUGAAGCAUUUCACAAAAAUGCAUUGCAUUUUUAUAUCACAGUUAUCACAGAAAAAAAAACUGUUAAAGACGAAGUUUAUGUAUUCAGUACAGAAACUGAUGUCGCUCAUUUUGUCGUUUGAAUGAUGUAUCUUUGUUGGUUUAAACGUUUCGAAGGUAGUUUUGUAAUUAACUGGUUGGGUUAUUCCUUGACCCGGUAAAGUUCAAGUUGUCGUUUUGUUAUAUAAAGAAGAAUUUAUUUUCCCUCACAA